GGAUAUAUCGGCCCGGUUCCAUCAUUUUUGUUCCCCAAACAGUGACUGAGUGAGUAGUUUAUUUACUGAUCAUAAAGAUAAGAACUGUGAGCUUCAGCUACAAUGUGAAUAUCUUCUCCAAGGCUCCCUGUGAAAAAGAGACGUUACCAAGCUUGAGGUAAAAGCGAGAAACUGGUGAAGGCAUGUGUCGGAUAUUAUGGCUCACAUCUGGCACUCGCCCCUCGGGAGCCAACAGCUGGCCGCCUCUUGCCAUCCUGUAGCUGGACCUCCUCCGCCUGAGCUCCAUGUGCCUCCCGCAACAUACCUUUCGACUUCAUGAAGAUCCUUGACAUCGGUGAUGUAAUGAAUAAAUUUGAAGUCCUUGGGAUCGUGGGUGAAGGUGCCUAUGGUGUUGUUUUGAAGUGCCGACACAAGGAGACAAAUGAAAUUGUGGCCAUUAAAAAAUUCAAGGACAGUGAAGAAAAUGAAGAGGUUAAAGAAACGACGCUACGGGAGCUCAAGAUGCUCCGCACCCUCAAGCAGGAGAAUAUUGUGGAGUUGAAGGAGGCGUUCCGCAGAAGAGGAAAGCUGUAUCUCGUCUUUGAGUAUGUGGAGAAGAACAUGCUCGAGCUGCUUGAGGAGUUACCCAACGGCGUGCCGACUGACAAAGCUCGCAGCUACAUUUACCAGUUAAUCCGAGCAAUUCACUGGUGCCACAAGCAUGACAUAGUGCACCGGGACAUAAAGCCAGAAAACCUUCUCAUCAGCUCUGAUGACGUCCUCAAGUUAUGUGACUUCGGCUUUGCACGUAAUCUCUCUGAGGGGACUGAUGCCAAUUACACCGAGUAUGUGGCCACUAGAUGGUACCGCUCUCCAGAGCUCCUGCUCGGGGCUCCUUACGGGAAGGCGGUGGACAUGUGGUCAGUGGGCUGCAUCUUAGGAGAGCUUAGCGAUGGGCAGCCUCUGUUCCCGGGAGAGAGUGAGAUCGACCAGCUCUUCACCAUCCAGAAAGUGUUGGGACCCCUGCCACCAGAACAGAUGAAGCUCUUCUAUAACAACCCCCGCUUCCACGGGCUGCGGUUCCCUGCUGUGAACCACCCCCAGACCUUGGAGCGGAGAUACCUGGGAAUCAUCGGCGGAGCCCUGCUGGACCUGUUGAAGAACCUGCUGCUGCUCAACCCGACAGAACGCUUUCUCACAGAGCAGAGCCUGAACCACCACGCCUUCCAGACCCUGCGGCUGGUGGAGCGGCCCGGCCCACCCACACCUACACCUGUACGCUCAUCCAAGAGAAAACCGCACCAUGGAGACAACACCACCCCCAGCAGGAGCCAUGGGGGAAAGAGCUCAGGAGGCCACCGCUCCAGCAGCAGAGAGUGCUCCAGCUUACCGCGGCACGAAGACCUCCACCCCAACAACGAUGGCUUUCUCAACGGCAACAUGCCUGCAGCGAUCAACCUCAGUCCCACUCUGCAUCCCAAGAACUACCAGCCACAGAUCUACAACCACUCCACCUCGUGCAACAUGGACCUGGCCAGCAGCAACCUGCCUCAUCUGCUCAGCCCUGGUGAAGCCAAAAGCAAGGGCGACUUUGAGAUUAACCUGGGGUCCAAGGUGUCCGACGGCCCCGGAGCCAAGUACCUCAAAUCCAACUUCCGCUCGCAGCAGAACCGCCAUUCUUUUGUGGAGGGGAAGACCAACACGCUUCAAUCUGGGGAGAAACACAGUCGACACAGCUACAUGGAGGCCCACAGCUCCACGCCCUCGUCCAAGUUCGCCUACCUGAACUUGUCCAAGAGCUACGGCACGCUUAGCGAUGCCAAGUCGGUGGGGAACUUAAAUGAUGUGCAUCUUUACGCUGAUGAGCCCACAUCUCGAUAUUUUCCCUCCAGCUGCCUGGACCUCACAGCCCCGAGCAGCCCAGCACCCCGCCGGGUGGACAGGCUGGGACCCGGCGCAGCUGGCAGAGGAAGCAUGCGGGAGAGAGAGAGCAACACUCUGGACUCAUCCUACAGGCGCUCCUCCACCCGCCACAAGGCCUCAGAGGAGGCCAAGUCACCAGAUUCCCUAGACCCUGGGGACAGCGGCGUUGAGAGGAGCCACGCUCACUCUCUGUCUGCCCCACAUGACCCUCUAGCUUACGGUCAGGGAUACACCAGCCCCUUCUCCUCCCAGCAGCGACCGCACCGCCACUCCAUGUACGUACGGAGGGACCACCAGAGGACACAUGGGGCGGAUGAGGGGCUGUCGGUGGGGCAGGGGGUGCCUACCAGAGCCAGCAGCCUACAGCUCCUGUCUCCGCAGCUCCAGCACCGCACACUGCCUCGCCACUCUGGGGGCUCAUCCAGAGAGGAAGACAUGAGUAGGAGCGAACAGGCACCCACUGAGGUCAUCCACAGCAGACCCCCAAUAAGGGACUCCACAAGGGACAACACCGCAUCUUUUCACACACAGCGGCAAAAAAGCGAGGUUGGCUUAUAUCAUGACCAGCAAACAGAAGACGGGGGCUCCUCCAAAGAGAACCGCAACAUCUACAGUGAAUCCAUGCCCAGGAGGGUGGGCAGCUUCUACCGAGUCCCUUCUCCCCGGCCAGACAACUCCUUCCAUGACAGCCGAGGUCAGAGCCGGGCCGGGGAUGGAACGAACCACUCCAAACGCCAGCCGGCAUUUGACCCCUGGACUGGCCCAGAUACCGUCGUGUUGAACUCCUCUGAGCCGUCCAAAGAAAAGGAGAAGCAGGGUUUCUUCAGAGCAAUAAAGAAGAAGAAGAAAAAAUCUCAAAUGAUGCAAGUCCCUGAAGGAAGGCCGCCUGUCAUCAAGAAAUGUCUUUUCCCUCUGUUUAGCCCAAAGAAUAACAAAAAGCAUAGUUCCUCUGUGAGAGUCCUCCCUGUAGUGUCCUCUUCCAUGGUUCCUAACGAAGGGGUCGACACAGUCAUCCAGAAGUCCUCCAGGUCCUCCAGUCACCAGAGCAGCCGCCACAGGAGCCGUGACAAGAGCAGAGACCGGGACCAAGACCGAGACAGGGACAAGGACUGGCCUCCUGAGAAACUGUCCGAUUCACACUCGCCGAGCCAGCCACUCAAGUCUCUGCGCAAGCUCCUGCACCUUUCGUCCUCGUCCUCCAACCAGACCGCACAGUCUGACAUGCGCUACCAGCCGCUGCCUAAUUCAGCCUCCGCUCAAGGUGGAUUCACAGAAAGCCGGGGUCACUCAGGGGUCAGCACGCCCCAGCUGAAGAGCCGACAGGCAGCCUACCCGCUGCCCGGACAGCUCGAGUCCGGCUGGCACACGUCUGCCCUCGGCCGCCCGGAGGGGAACCCUUACCCGGAGCAAAUGGGCAUCAAGGGAGGCCAGAACGGGCACGGCUUCGGACGCCCCUCCAGGUCCCGUAUGCCAAACCUCAACGACCUGAAAGAGACGGCUCUGUGAUCUCGGUCACCCUGCAGCUCUCAGAUCCACUUCAGACUCCUCCGUUUCCCCUUCUGUUGCUCCUACAUGUCCCUUGCGUAACAGUACACCCCUGCUGAACACACAGAAACACACACACACACACACACACACAGACACGCACACACACACACACACACACACACACAGAUACCAAACCUUCAGUUUUAAACAUUGCUUGCAAACAGGCCAAAAGCCUUUUUAUGUCUUCAUUUUUUUAAAGCUUCCAUGUUUGAUAGACUUUAUAUUAUUACUUCUGUAAUUCUGACUAUAAUUUGUAUGAUAAAGUAAAUAUAUUACAAAUUAAAUAUAUAUAAAUGGAUAGAUAAAGUGUAGAUUUUAAGUGUAAGUAUUUUUGUUUCUAUUCGAUAUAGAAAUCUAGUACAUUUUACUGCGUAGUAUUUCCUUAAGACUAUCUAAGGCAUUCUAAACAAAUAAAGUUUUAUCAGUUGUUACAAUAGA